AGGGAGAGACAGAGAGCGACAACGUCGCGAUUCGGAGCUCCGAAAGACCAGCACAUCGAUCAGUCACAUUUUCACACAACGAUGAGGGUGUGCACGAGAGCGAGAGAGUUACUGUGAUCAGACGUAAGGACUUCUUGGGUAUCUCUCUACGCCACUCUCUACGCCACUCUCGAAAGCUCGGAAGAUAACAUGUGCGCAGAGGGUUUACAGUUUGUGCUGUAGGGCGCAGGGUCUUAAAUUCCCACCGAAUUUGUUGCUUGCCUUUUGAGGAAUUUGAGACGAUGAAGGGGGAGGAACCUGUGGCCGCAGACGACGGUGUUGAGUCCAACAAGCAAGAGGUGUCUGGCGUUGGAGGAGACUCUGCUGUAGGUUCAGAAGGGGUGUCGCUGCCUCUCACUGUGGAUGUGAUGGAAGGCAAGAGUGGCGUAGAGAGUGGUUGGUUUCCACGGGCCAAUGAAUUGCCGUUGCGGCCACCGCGUGCCAUUGAGUCCAAUUUCACGCAUUGGGUUGCACUUGACGUGGGGAAGGAGUUUCAUGAUCAGUACAUCUACAGGCAUGGCAAUGGGUUGUGUGUGAUAGGUUUACUGCCAACCCAUGCUGCUUUCAAGCCAACACCGGCAGUAACAGCUGUUGAUUUCAAUGUCGGCAAGCAGAACCGUGCUGAUGCUAAAGUAUCUGGAAAACGAAAGCGGAAUGCAAUUUUGCUACACCCGGACUCGGUGCUUUGCAAAGUCAUGGUUGGGGAGGUGUUUUAUUUGAUCAGUCAAUUGAUUGAAAGCAGGUGUUGUGUCAGAGGGGUCAUGUUGGAAGUAAAUGAACGACUUAUCAAGGAACCUACUUUGCUAAACACGAGGGCGGACACAGAGGGCCACAUUGGAAUUAUGAUGCCAUCAUCAGAGGACUGGUCGAGAGCAUGCAAAACCUUCCUCACGAUGGAUCAGUACAAGGCGCGGCGUGGGAUAGUGUAGGGGUCUGCAAUCCCUUCUUUGAACAUUGUUAGGUUAUAGAGUGCUCGUGCUGAUGGUGUGCGAGAAGCAUCCUCCAAUUGUAAGGAUUAAGAGGGUAUGGAUGUAUUUUGAAAGUUUUGUUACUUGCUGAGUAACAAAACUUUUUUAGUAGCCUUUGUACUUGAAAUACCUGUGUUACCUGUGGGUUAGGCGGUAUUGCUUCUCAGAGUAGUUAAUUUGGACAUACUGUUCUGAUUAUUCCCAUCUGAAUUUUAAAUCAACUUUCAUUAAUUUAAACACACCUCAAAUUUUUAAAA